AGUAUUGCCUCGACACUGAUUGUGAGUACCGUAAAGUCGAAGAAGAGUACAUGUAGCCGUUAGCUUCAUUCUAUGCAGUGGUUAGCCCAAUGAUAGUAAAGUAACUCUAAUGUUUUUUCUCAUCAUUGGCUGGAUAUGGGCAAAAGAGACAAUCGAGUGGCAUACAUAAACCCUAUUGCAGCUGCUCGAGCCAAGGGGCCUGUCCAGAACUCCGGACCGACUAUACAGGAUUACUUAAGCAGGCCUCGACCAACAUGGGAAGAGCUAAAGGAGCAGCUGGAGAAGAAGAAAAAGGGAUCUCGGGCCCUGGCUGACUUUGAAGACAAAAUGAAUGAGAGAUGGAGGAGAGAGCUGGCUAAAAACCGAGAAAAAAGGCUUGGCGACAAAGAACGGGACAAAAAGUCCAUGGACAGUGAGGACAAGAAAGACAAAAAGGAGAAAAAGAAGAAGGAGAAGAAGAAGUCUAGCAGGCAUUCUUCAUCUUCCUCCUCAUCGAGUUCUGAUUCCUCCAGCAGCUCUUCUUCAGAGUCCGAAGACGAGGAUGAAAAGAAGAGCAUAAAGAAAAAACGGAAGCGCAAGCGAUCGUCAGGCAAGAGACCAUCGGACGUCUCGGGCGACGAUUCGGAUGUCGAAAUCAAGAAAAGGAAACGAAUCAGGGAAGACGGAGAGAAAGACAAGGAUGAAAAGGAGCGUAAAAGGAAAAGGAAGACAGAGAGAAGUCACAAAGACUCCUCAUCAGAAUCGACUGUUGUCUCAGAUUGGGACGAGGCUGAACCCAAGAAGAAAAAGAGAAGUAGCGAGGAGAGGGAGAAGUUCACUGUAAAAUUCACUGUAAAAUCCAAGAAGAAGAGGAAAAAGAAGCACAAAAAGCACGGCAGAAAAAAGAAAAAGAAGGCGACGUCUCAGUCGGACUCGGAGCUUGACUGAAAGCCGCGUCAUCACAGUGCUCCUGUUUUCCUCACACUUCACCGGUGUUGUUUUGCCUUCGAUUGUGGAAAACGUUUCUCACCUGGCUGCAGUCGUCAGGAUUGAAAAAAGGUGGACAUAAGACGUAAUGCUGAGGUUCUUCUGUAUGUGGAGUCGAGAUGAGGGAACUACCGGUACAUCUUUUUUCUCUCCAGCAAGGUUUUUUUUUUUGUAGAUUUUGAGGAUUGAGAUUUUAUUAUGUUUCU